AUGAAUGGUGUUACUUAUGAUACAUUUCACAAGGCAUGUUCCACCAUGGGAUUCUUGAUAGAUAAUAAGGAGUAUGUUUUUGCUAUUAAGGAAGUCACCGAGUUAGCGUCAGCUGCACAGCUAAGGAGACUUUUUGUGAUAUUGUUGCUAUUUGUUUCCAUUGGAAGACCUCUGUCAGUUUGGGAACAAACUUGGGCUUAUUUGCCUAAUUAUAUUCUUUAUCACAGAAGACAUGAGCUGCAAUAUCCCGAUCUAUCGAUGAGUCAAGACGAGUUGCAAACAUUUUGUUUGUUGGAGAUUGAGAAACUAUUACAGAGUAAUGGAAAAUCAUUGAGAAAUUAUGCUGGCAUGCCGGUUUCUAAUAACUCUUUAGUCUCUCAAUUUAGCAAUUUGAUUCUGUUGCGUGAGUUGCAGUAUGAUACUAUUUCUUUGGCUCCUAGAUUGCGAUCUGAGAAAAAGAUUGUUAUAAACGUUGCUUUUAGUGGUAUUGCUUCUCUGUUGUUACCUGGUGGUAAGACGGCGCAUUCUAUGUUCAAUAUUCCUGUUGAGCUGACUGAAGACACUGUUUGUCGGAUUAAGAAAAAUAGUCCAAAAGCUGAGGUAGUCCGAUUAGCCGAUUUGAUUUUUUGGGAUGAGGCACUGAUGACUAACAAAUUAGCAUUUGAAGCGCUCGAUAGGACAUUGUGUGAUAUAAUGGUUUCGGUCUCUGAUAGGAAUAAAGAUUUACCUUUUGGUGGGAAGGUGGUUGUUCUUGGUGGUGAUUUUAGGCAGGUCUUGCCAGUUAUUCCAAAAGGUUCUCGUGCUGAGAUUGUGAUGGCUUCCAUAAAUUCUUCUAUCCUCUGGAAAUACUGUCGAUGUGGAACUCUGGUCAAUGAUAAACUUUUUGUUGAUAUUCCUUCUGAUCUAAUCAUUCCUAUUUUGAAAAAUCCGGUGGAAGAUAUUGCAAAUACAAUCUAUCCAAAUUUGGUUAAGAAUUUUUGUGAUCCAAGCUUUUUCCAGGAUAGGGCAAUACUAGCUCCGACUGUCGAGAAUGUUGAGGAGAUAAACAAUUAUAUAGUUGACUUGUUGCCCGGUGAGGAGAAAAAUUAUCUCAGUGCUGAUUUGAUAUGUGGUAGUGAUGCCUAUUCUGAUGUUGAUGUUGAUUGGAUAAAUGUUGAAUUCUUGAAUCAGAUUAGGUGUUCUGGUCUACCUAAUAAUUCGUUGAAGUUGAAAAUAGGCGUGCCUAUUAUUUUGUUGAGGAAUAUUGAUCCAGCUGGGGGUUUGUGUAAUGGCACUUGA